CUGAGAGCGAGCGUACCGGAUGUUGACACUUUCACAAUUUGCAAUUUCACAGUGCGCAGCGCUUUGUAAGAGUCAGAGGAAGAAAAAGUUGUAAUUUCUGGCUAACAAUGAAUGCCCCGUCGACGUUUGAGUCAUUCCUUCUGUUUGAAGGGGAGAAAAAGAUUUCCAUUGAGAAAGACACAAAAGUACCCAACGCUGCAAUCUUCACAGUGAACAAGGAAGACCACACUUUGGGAAACCUCAUUACCACUCAGCUGCUGAAAGACCCACAGGUGUUGUUUGCCGGCUACAAGGUGCCUCACCCCCUCGAGCACAAGUUUGUGCUGCGCAUCCAGACCACGCCCGAUUACACCCCACAGGACGCUUUCACCAACACCAUCACAGAUCUCAUCUCGGAGAUUUCCCUCAUGGAGGAGCGCUUUAAGGAUGCCGUUCGAGAAAGCCAAGAAGGGUCUCCAGUGUAAAUCUCCAGAAUUUGAGAGUGUGUGUGUGUGUGUGUGUGUGUGCGUGUGUAUGUGUGUAUUUGCCAGUGGGUGGAUGAUGAGUACAUGACAUGGGAGUAGUUUUAAUGGAAGUUUUAUGUGUUAACCCUAUCCGUACGCCCUGGGGUCAUUUUGUACCCCCGGGGUUGUAUUCUUCGCAUUUUAGAAUACUUCUAGUACGAAGAUCGUUUUGAAACUUUCAGUAUUUCUAAAAAAUCAUUUUGACCGACUGCUAUGCAAAGCAUACUGAUCGGAUUAACAAGUAAAUUUCCUCUUUGGAAAAUGGUGGCUCAGAGUUCCCCACGUUGUACGGAUACGAUAGUAAAACACGAAGUACGGAUAGGGUUAAUCUGUAUGUGUGUGACACCCUGCGCUAGUGUGUACAUAAUUAAUGAAUGAAUCUGUUUAUAUCUGAGCUGUGGGGAAAGAAUUUGUGGGUAUGUCUGUACAGCUGUGUGUGGAUGUAUGUGAGUGUGAGCGUUGCCGAGAGGGAGAGAAA